AUGUCACCAAUUCUGAAUGAGAUGGAAGAUCAUCAAGUCUCCCUCCCCAUCCCUUCAGUCAGACAAGAACAGGAAAUGCACAAGGCUCUUCAUGAAGAUGGCCACAAGUCCUCAGAAGGCAGUUUGUACCAAGCUCCUGUUAGGAGGGAUUAUUUUAGCCAGCAGCCGUUUCAGGCUCCGCUGGUACACCAGGAGCCAGAAGCAUCCACAGGGUCUCCAACAGACCACAAAGGUUCCCAAGAGACAUCUCUGAGAUCUCUAGGGAACAGCCACGAUCAGACCUCAAGCUUACCACCACCACCACUGGUUACUUCUUCCGGUCCUUGUGACAUCUCCACCAAUGGCACUAGCAAAGCUCGUAAGAGCCUCGUUCCAAAACAAGUCUUCCCGUGGAUGAAGGAAACAAGACACAGCACCAAGCAGAACAGCAGCCUUCCUUCUUCAGAACCCAGCUCUCCACCAACCUUUUCCUCUUCCAAGAGAGUCCGCACGGCCUACACCCAUAUGCAGCUUGUGGAACUGGAGAAGGAGUUCCAUUUCAAUAGGUACCUCUGCCGGCCACGCAGGCUAGAGAUGGCCCGGCUGCUGAGGCUCUCUGAGAGGCAGAUCAAGAUCUGGUUCCAGAACAGGAGGAUGAAGUACAAGAAAGACACCCGGGCCAAGGGGAGCGCCAGGAGGUCUCCGAGCAGAAGCCCCCACAUGAGCGACUGCUAUGGUCAGAUAGAGGCUGAGGCUGAGGAGGCCACGCCAAGCUCUUGUAGCAAGGCCCAGGGAGGGGUCUAUAGCCCCGGGGCUUACGCAGAGCUUCCUUUCGACAGCCCCUUGACAUCCGUCUCCUUGGAAUAUGGCCCCCUCUCUGUGCAAGGAGAAGGCCAUCAUUACGGACCUCCAGCUCUGCAAGGGAGCCCAGGCGAGAUGGGAGAAAAUUACCUGGGAAAUGUGCCCGAGGCUGACUCGCUCUUCAGCUUCCCCGACUGCUCCUCCACAAACCUGGACUACAGCUGUGCUGCUGAACUCCCCGGCCAUCACCAGCUCGGGCCGUCCCACUCACAUCCCAUUUACGCAGAUCUAACCACCACACAUCCUGUGCCUCAGGGAGAUUCUCAGGGACCUGUAAAUCUUAUGCAUCUGUGA